AUGGCGCCAGCUGCUCUUUCGAAUUUGGUUUUCGUUUUACGGAAAUAUGCAACUCAUAAAAUUCCCUCAUCUGAUCUUCGCUUUUACAUAUGCAAUUUAUCCACCGACACUGUUGUAUAUAAAGGUCAGCUGACGUCUACUCAGCUUUGGAGUUAUUUCAAAGACCUGCAAAAUCCUGAGUUUGAAACAUAUCUAGCUCUAGUCCAUGCUAGAUUCUCAACCAACACUUUUCCAAGUUGGGAAAGAGCUCAUCCGAUGAGGGUGCUGGCUCAUAACGGAGAGAUCAACACUCUUCGCGGCAACAUCAACCUCAUGAGGGCCAGAGAAGGCGUCAUGGAGAGCAGACUCUUCGGAGACGAGUUGCACAAAUUGUACCCGGUGGUGGAACCCAAUCUUUCAGACUCCGGCUGUGCAGACAAUGUCCUGGAAUUUUUGGUGAUGGCCGGACAGAGAUCCCUGCCCGAAGCAGUCAUGACUAUGGUACCAGAAGCCUGGCAAAACGACGAUGCGAUGAAUUCCGAUAAGAAAGCUUUCUACAGGUGGAGUGGCUGUGUAAUGGAACCUUGGGAUGGCCCAGCAUUGCUAACAUUCACGGACGGCAAUUUGAUCGGAGCCAUCUUGGACAGAAAUGGUUUGAGGCCUUCAAGAUAUUACUUAACAAAAGAUAAUCACAUGAUAAUGGCGAGUGAAGUGGGAGUUCUAGACAUUGAGCAUUCAAAUAUUGCACAAAAGGGACGACUACGACCAGGUCGAAUGUUAUUAGUGGAUACUCAGAAGCACCUUUUUAUAAAAGAUGAAGAUCUAAAACUUCAAAUUGCUCAAAAGCGACCUUUAAAUGACUGGUUGAAAGAAAUGUUUACAUUAGAUGAUUUGCACACUGCCGGAUAUGCUGCUAGCCAUCACACUAGUCACCCAAAGUUGGAUCCUAACAAGCGAACUAUGAGCCAGGCUGUUGAGGACAGAAGAUUGGCUCUCUUUGCCUACACAAUUGAAACAAUAAAUUUGUUGUUAGUUCCAAUGAUCGAUACAAAAAAAGAAGCUCUUGGCUCCAUGGGCAAUGAUGCUCCGUUGGCAUGUCUUUCUCUUUACCAACCCUUGAUUUAUGAUUAUUUCAAGCAACUAUUUGCUCAGGUCACCAAUCCACCCAUCGACCCCUUUAGGGAGAGGAUCGUCAUGUCGUUGGCAUGUCCUAUCGGACCCGCAGCCAACAUUUUAGAACCGAGUGCUCAACAGUGCUGUCGUCUGUAUUUGGAGCAACCCAUUUUAUCCUUAAAAGACAUUGAGGCUCUGAAGGCUACUACAUACAAAGGCUGGAAAACAAAAGUGAUCGAUAUUGUUUAUCCUGUUCAAGAAGCUGCUGAUGGGCUGCUUCCAGCCCUGAAAAGAAUCUGUGCGGAUGCAAGCAGUGCAGCCGAUAAUGAUUACUCUUUGGUAAUCCUUUCCGAUAAGAAGGCAGGUCGAGACUACAUACCAGUCAGUGCUUUGUUAGCUUUGGGUGCAGUUCAUCAUCAUCUAAUCAACAAAUUGCAAAGAAUGAAAGUGGGUCUCAUAUUGGAAACUGGAGAAGCAAGGGAAGUUCAUCACAUGUGCGUGCUUCUGGGCUACGGGGCAGACGCCAUUUGUCCUUACCUGGUCUUCGAAAGCAUGGCCGAGUUGCAAGACGAAGGCGUUAUCAGCGAAAGUUUGACCGAGGAUAUGAUAUUCAAGAAUUAUGUCGAGGCCAUGGAAAGGGGGAUUGCCAAAGUGAUGGCUAAAAUGGGAAUCUCUACGCUUCAGAGUUACAAAGGUGCUCAAAUCUUUGAAGCUGUUGGUUUGAAUGAAGAGGUUGUAGAUUUUUGUUUCAAAAAUACUCCAUCCCGGAUAGGAGGGAUCACCUUCAAAAUUCUUGCUGAAGAAAAUUUAGAGCGACACCGCAUAGCGUAUAGUGAUCGUGACUGUGAUAAUAUGGUUCUCAGGAACCCUGGUAAUUACCACUGGCGGAGUGGAGGAGAAAAACAUAUUAAUGAUCCUCUAGCUAUUGCCAAUUUGCAGGAUGCUGCUCGAUCUAACAACAAGAAUGCUUACGAGCAAUUUGUCGAUAUCACCAUGGCCAAUGUUAGGGCAUGUACCAUCAGAGGACAGUUUGAUUUGGUUAAGUCUUCCUCUCCCAUAGACAUUAGUGAAGUCGAGGAAGCAAAAGAGAUUGUCAAGCGUUUUGCAACAGGUGCCAUGAGCUUUGGCAGCAUAUCUGUAGAAACGCACAAAACACUUGCAGCAGCAAUGAAUAGAGUUGGGGGCAAGUCCAACACUGGAGAAGGAGGGGAGGACCCUGAUAGGUUCAUUGUCACUGAUCCAAACAAUAACUACAGGUCUGCAAUAAAGCAGGUGGCUUCGGGAAGAUUUGGAGUCACUAUUGAGUACCUAGCCAACGCUGAUGAAUUGCAAAUCAAAAUGGCUCAAGGAGCUAAACCUGGAGAAGGAGGAGAGCUUCCUGGACAUAAAGUAUCAAAAGAUAUUGCCAAAACUCGACAUUCCAUUCCUGGUGUUGGUCUAAUCAGUCCACCCCCUCAUCAUGACAUUUAUUCAAUUGAAGAUUUGGCGGAACUCAUUUAUGAUUUGAAGUGUGCCAACCCGAGUGCCAGAAUUUCUGUCAAACUGGUUUCAGAAGUUGGCGUUGGUGUCGUAGCAUCUGGUGUUGCUAAGGGUAAGGCUGAACACAUCACCAUAUCAGGACAUGAUGGAGGAACCGGUGCAAGUAGUUGGACCGGAAUAAAAGGAGCCGGGCUGCCUUGGGAAUUGGGAAUUGCAGAGACCCAUCAAACUCUGGUACAGAAUGACCUUCGUUCUCGAGUCGUCUUACAAGCCGAUGGACAAAUCAGAACAGGAUUCGACGUUGUGGUUGCCGCCAUACUUGGGGCCGAUGAGUUUGGCUUUUCCACCGCUCCUUUGAUAGUCCUUGGAUGCACAAUGAUGCGGAAGUGCCAUCUGAACACCUGUCCAGUCGGCGUAGCAACCCAGGAUCCAGAGCUCAGGAAGAAGUUCGCCGGAAAGCCGGAGCACAUGGUUAAUUACUUAUUCAUGCUUGCUGAAGAUGUCCGGGCUCAUAUGGCAUCCUUGGGUGUUAGAAGUCUACAAGAAUUAAUUGGACGCACAGACUUGUUGAAAGUCCACUUCAACAAGGAUAAUCCAAAAGCCCAAAUGCUGGACUACUCUGCAAUAUUAUUGGAUGCUUUGAGCUUAAGGCCAAAUACUGUAAUUAUUGGAGGCAGCUUGACUCAAGACUUUGCCUUGGAAAACAGAUUGGACAAUCUGCUUAUCAAACAAGCUAAGGAUGUGAUAGAAAGAAAGAAAUCAAAUGUUACAAUACAUAUGGACAUUUCCAAUGUUGACAGAACUUUUGGUUCCACACUGAGCUAUCAUAUUGCAAAGAAAUAUGGUGGAAAAGGUCUCCCAGAUAAUAGCAUUAAAAUAAAACUGGAGGGAUCAGCUGGUCAAAGUUUCUGUGCAUUUUUAGCACCGGGAGUGUGUGUGGAAUUGGAAGGAGAUGCUAAUGAUUAUGUUGGAAAGGGCUUAUCUGGCGGGACUGUGAUAGUUUAUCCGCCCACACGCUUACCCCGCGAGUUCAAAUCUGAGGAGAAUAUCAUUGUUGGUAAUGUCUGCUUGUAUGGUGCUACGUCCGGAAAAGCCUUCUUCAGAGGCAUUGCGGCAGAGAGAUUCUGUGUCAGGAAUUCUGGUGCUACUGCUGUUGUCGAGGGCGUUGGAGACCAUGGUUGUGAAUACAUGACUGGUGGUUUUUGUUUAAUUCUGGGUGCUACUGGACGUAAUUUUGCUGCUGGAAUGUCUGGCGGCAUUGCAUACGUUUUGGAUGAGAAAGGCAUGCUUGAGUCCCGCAGCAAUUUGAUGAUGGUGGAUCUAUUACCACUGGAGCUUCCUGAAGACCUUACUUUUGUUGAAAGCUUAUUGAAGGAGUUUUUCGAGAAGACUGGUUCAGCUGUAGCCCAGCGCCUAUUGUCCAAUUGGCCUGCCUCUGCUAAAUCUAUUGUGAAGGUAUUUCCAAAAGAAUACCAACGUGCCUUAAACCAAGCAGAAGAGGAGAAACGGAUGAACUUGACAAAUGGUCCUACCGUCGUUGGAAAACAGAAGAUAACAUCUGGCGUAAAGGACAUAGAGGAUGUCAUAUCUAGUGGAGAAAAAAUUGAUAAAUUAAGAGGCUUCAUGAAGUACAAGCGACAGACAAAUCCUUAUAGAAAACCCGCUGAAAGGCUUCAGGAUUGGAAUGAAAUUUACGACUUCCAAGGAGUGAGGAAAACUAUAAAAGGCCAAGCUGCUCGCUGCAUGGAGUGUGGUGUUCCUUUCUGCCAAUCCAGCCAUGGCUGUCCCUUGGGCAACAUCAUUCCCAAGUGGAACGAUUUGGUUUACAAGAUAGAUUAA